CUGGGGGGACGUGCCGGAAGUGGCGCGCUCAGGUCCGUACUAACGCCCUCCCCGCCACCAACCCCCAGCGAAGGAGGUGCGCAUGCUCGAAGGGAGCGGAAGCUCGGAUUUCCGGCUGGCUGGAGCGUGAAAGUGCGGGUUCCUGGCUUCCGGGUGGGCGUGCGUGCGGGGUGUGCGAGCUGGUGGCCGGCGGGGCGGCCGGAGGACGGGGCCAUGGAGAAGCUGCGGCGCGUCCUGAGCGGCCAGGACGACGAGGAGCAAGGCCUGACGGCGCAGGUCCUGGAUGCUUCCUCCCUUAGUUUCAACACCAGAUUGAAGUGGUUCGUCAUAUGCUUUGUUGCUGGCGUUUUCUGUUCAAUCCUUGGAACUGGUUUGCUGUGGCUCCCCAAUGGCAUAAAACUUUUUGCAGUAUUUUACACCCUUGGAAACCUUGCGGCACUGGCCAGCACGUGCUUCCUAAUGGGCCCUGUGAAGCAACUGAAGAAAAUGUUUGAAACAACAAGACUGCUCGCCACGGUUGUCAUGCUUCUGUGCUUCGUGUGUACCCUGUGUGCCGCCCUGUGGUGGCGGAAGAAGGGGCUGGCCUUACUCUUCUGCAUCUUGCAGUUCCUGUCGAUGACGUGGUACAGUCUGUCCUACAUCCCGUAUGCAAGGGACGCGGUGCUCAAGUGCUGCUCGUCGCUCCUCAGCUGAAAGUCUACUCAGGAGAGGUGCUUGGGAGUGACGCAGAUUCCACUCCAGAGACGGGGCUGCGGCCUCAGACCACACCGUGCAUGUGCAUGCGCGGUGGACUGCACUUACAUAGCCUCUGCCCCCUGACCCUUAGCCUGUUCUUCCAGAGAUGAGACCAGAAUUGUCGACACUUGUAAAUAAUUUUUACUCAGUUUUUAAUCUUUACAGACAACUUCUGAAAUGUGAAUAUUUAAGGUGUAAACCUGUGUUGUAAGAUAUAUCCGGCUCAUUUGGCUUUUUAAGUGGUCUACUAUUUUAAAAGAUUUUUUUAACUUUAAAAAUGUGAAACUUUAUAUAUACUUUAAGCUUAAAAUUACUUACGUGUAAUAAAAAGUAAUAUAUGUAUCUACAGUUUUGAAAUAAACCUGCUCCUGGAAAUGUA